GUCCAAAUCCACAUUGGGUCCAUUCAAACCGGACCGUGAAUUAGCCGAACCUCAAAAGCUUCCGGGUCAAAAAUUGGAGCAACAGCUGGUACCGGAUCUCCGUGCAUUGCGUCGGAAUGAGCUUGACUCUCUUGCAGGGCUACUCCUCCGCCGAGGAAGACGACGGUGAAGUAGAUGAGAAGUCACCGGACUCCGACAGAUCCGAAGAAGAAGACGGCGGUGAGGACGACGCCGUUUCGCUGAACCGUUACAAGCCCCUCGUCGACCCUAACCCUACGCCGUCUUCCUCCCUCCCUUCUGCUCUCGCCGCAUUCUCCGAGGUUUCUGGACCUCCGGAGUUUUUAAACAACAGUGUAGAUGAAACAGCUGCCAAUGAAGCUGGAAACCAGCGGUGGCGGCAUGGUCGCCGUAAGAACUCCAGAGAUAAGAAAGAUUUACCUUCUGGUGUUGUUGUUGAGGCUAAAGCUCAUUUGGUUGGGAUCCAUGAGAGGGUCAGAAGUGAUGUAGAGGGUAGCAUACCCAAGAAGCCCAAUGGGCAAAGGAAUCUUUCUUCAGCUUCUGCACAAGGAGGCAAUUCUUCCUUGAGAAACCCAACUGCAGAACUUGCAUCAUCACUUCUGAGGGACACAAAUACUGAGGCAGAUAAGAAAAAAGGAUCAACCAUCAAAGACAAGGAGAAGGUGAAGAGGAUGAGGGGUCAAUCCUCCCAUGCUUCGUGGAAGAGCGAGACGGAGAUGAUCUUGCGCCAGCAUUUCGAUUAGAAAAGCUGGCGGGCAACAUAGUUUUCUUGGCCAAACUGAAUUUCAGCAUGAAGCGAGAAGAUGGGAGAUUUACUACAUUGUACAGAAUCAUGUUUGUGAACUGUCACAGCAUUCUAUGUUUCUUCACUUGGGUAGUUUUUAUGAUGUUUGCAAUGAGGAUUAUUUUCUUACAUUGAAGGCAUAGAAGUGUUUGUAACUUGUAACCAACUGAUAAACUAUUUCCAUUAUUGAUUAUUGAUACUUCCUUUUGGCCCACAAAAGUUUUUCAAACCUUUACCCAUCCCUCCCAAAAAGAUGCCUUCCAACAUAGAUGAUGUAUGGGUAAGAACUUACUUCAUGU